AUGCAUCACUUCUUUUCCAUGAUGUUUUCACUGCUAGCCAUUAUUGGGCAUGUGAGCGGUGAGUCUGACCGACCGUACAGAUCUGAGCUGAAGGUGACGAACGGAGGGCCGUGGGGAUCGUGGGGGGAAAAGCAGUUUUGUCCAAGUGGAAGUUACGUCGGAGGGUUUAGUCUGAAGGUGGAAGGCAAACUUUAUUUAGGUGGUGAUGAUACAGCGCUCAAUGGGAUUCGACUUUACUGUGUUGAUCGGGCCGGAAACCCUCAGUCUGUCAUUGAGUCCAGUGUAGGAGGCUGGGGUGAGUGGACCGGUCUCAGAUUUGCUCCUUCUGGAUACUUUACAUCUUUCCAUCUGAGAGUUGAAUCUCCCCAAGGAUCUGGAGAUGAUACAGCCGCAAACAACAUCAUGUUCAUAUACGGUACACGUGACGUGAAUUCUGGCUGGAUUGAAGGUAUGAGCACAGACUGGGGUGAAUGGGGCAACUGGAGUCCAACAUGUGAAGGAACGGGAAUCUGCGGCUUACAGACCCGUGUAGAAGAGUCACAGGGAAGCAAUGGAGACGACACCGCUCUCAAUGACGUGAUCAUGUUCUGCUGUGAUUAA